AAAUCGAAAAAGUGGGAGGGAUAGAGAAAUAAAGAAAAUCAGUCUCUAACCCUACCUCUGAAUUUGAAAUUACAACGGUACGCAAAAUCUCAAUCUAGAGCCAUCCAUUCCAGCUUUCCAUCAAAAACGCUAGACACACUAAUCUUGAAGUUCUAUAAUCAAAUUUCAUUCUCCCUAUUUGAGCAACAGAUAAGAAGAGUCAAAGAGAAAGACUGCGCGCAAAUCAAACUUUUUCGACGACAUCAGAAACUCCCAUCUUCCAGAAUUUGAAGUUCUGAAACAAGAGUGAACUUAUCUGCUCAUUACUUAGCAUCAAUGGCAUCAUUUGAACCUAUCAUUCGUAUCGAUGAAAAUUCGUUUAGAGCUCCGGAGAAGUUUCACCCUAGAAAGGCUAGGAAACCCCUUAGUGAUAUGUCCAACUCUAGGAACCCACUUGUGAAGGAGAAGUCAUUGGCAAAAAACUUCAAUGUUUUCAAGGCUUCAGAGAAGUUGGUGCAACCUAAGGUUGGCAGGAAACCUCUUGGUGAUCUAACAAACUCGAGUAAGCCACCGGCACAAGAAAAAACAUCCAAAAAGAACUACAUUGAGAAUCGUUCUGCUGUCAACAAAGACCAAGGCCAUAGUUUUGCUGCAGGGGAAGGUUUUCUGCACAACCAUAAUGAUUGCAUCAAGGCUCAUCAACAAUCUUUGACUAUGAGCUUGGAUUACUUCCUGGAAACUGUUGCGCUUAAAAGAGAUUCUACACCAGUUAGCACCCCUCGGCUCCCUCAACUGUCCAGGUCCUCGAAACUAGAGCUUGACAUCCCCGCGGAGAUUGAGGAGAUGGAGAUCGAAGAUUUUGACUUCUGCGGUCCUCUAAGUCCUGAAGCACCAAGAUCCCCUGGUUCACCUUGUUGGAGUAUGGAGUUGAGGAAUUUGGAGUUUUCACCCUUGAAGCUGAAGGAGUCACCAGUCAAGGGUUAGUUCUUUUCAUGACAAGCAAGUGAUUUAAUCAUUCGUAGUAGUGUGUUCAUGGUGGCAGCUUGGCAGAAUAGUGGCUACUGGCUACUGUAGUCCUAUGAUGGUGUGUUUUGUAGAGUAACAUAGAUUGCUAAUUUCUUUUGUUGUUACUUGUAAGGAGAUCAAUACUUUCUUGUGUUAUCUCCUCUCUUUGUUGUAUCAAUCUGAAAUCGACAUUGGCGUAUUAUGGUAUUAGUAGUAUUAGUUUUCA